AUGGAUGCAAAUGGGAGGCUACGUGCUAACACCUGGGCAAGGUCUUCAUCCUUAACCUCUCCUGCAAGUGGUUUAGCCUCGGAUCCUCUGUCUUUCCCAGGUUUUGGUUUGCAGAAUAAUCAACCCAAAUGGGAUGAUCCCUCAAAUUCAGAUUAUGGGAUCAGGGCAGAAGUACCUUUCAAAGAAUUCAACCAACCUUCUCAAACUCAGUCUCCGCUUCCUUGCAACUCAAACAAUGAGAUUGAGAUCCCUGAUCAAGAAAACUGUCAUCUGAAUGAAUCAUCACAAACCAGUACACUCCAAGAUUGGGAACCCAAUGUGAUUUUGAAUAACCUGUCUUUCCUGGAAGAAAAGAUUCAUCAGCUCCAGGAUCUAGUGCAUUUGAUUGUUAGUCAAAAGGGCGUUGGACAACCUAAUGAACUUGUUACUCAAGAACAACAGCUCAUCACAACUGAUCUUACAUCAAUCAUUAUUCAAUUGAUCUCUACUGCAGGUAGUCUUCUCCCUUCUGUUAGGCAUAACCUUGCAAAUGCAAGUUCAUUGAUUGGACAGAUUGACCAGCUUCGUGGGGCGACGGUUCCUUCUGGAACUGGUGGAAGUGGCAGCUUUAUCCAACCACAAAAUAAUGGUGAAAAAAAAAAGUCUGAUCAGUCCAUGCAGACUGAUCUACCUAAUAAUGGUGAAAUGGAGCCAAACUACAAUAUGGUAGAACAAGAACUCAAAGAUGAAGAAGAUGUAGAUGAUGGAGAAAACCUUGCCCCUGGUUCGUAUGAGAUUCUACAACUAGAGAAAGAAGAAAUCCUUGCUCCUCAUACCCAUUUCUGUACAAUUUGUGGGAAGGGGUUCAAGAGAGAUGCAAAUCUCCGAAUGCACAUGCGUGGCCAUGGUGACGAGUACAAAACCCCAGCAGCGCUUGCAAAACCGCACAAAGAAUCCGGGUCACCAAAGCUUAUCAAGAGGUAUUCCUGUCCCUAUCCUGGCUGCAAGCGCAACAAGGAUCACAAGAAGUUUCAACCUCUGAAAACUAUCCUGUGUGUCAAAAACCAUUACAAAAGGACGCAUUGUGACAAGAGUUACACUUGCAGCAGAUGCAACACCAAGAAGUUCUCAGUCAUGGCUGAUCUGAAAACUCAUGAAAAACAUUGUGGUAAGGAUAAAUGGCUCUGUUCAUGUGGCACAACAUUUUCUAGAAAAGACAAGCUUUUUGGUCACAUUGCUCUUUUCCAAGGCCAUACUCCAGCCAUUCCCUUGGAUGACACUAAAGGGGUAGUUGAGGCACCCAAUCAUGACAGCAAAGAAAGCAGUAAGGUGGGGAAUAUGAACUUCACUUUUGGAUCAACUCCUUCAAAUGGAAAUGAUGUUGAAAAUGUCAUGGAUGUUAAAGGCAAUAGUGAUGAUCCUAUCAGUUUUUUCUCAUCAUUGAACUUUGACACCAGCUUUGGUGGGUUUAAUGAAUUCACCAGACCUCUAUUUGAUGACUCAGAAGGCCCAUUCUCUUUUGUCAUGCCUGGAUCUUUCAAAUCUGGAGGAGAAUCAAGUCCUGACAAUCUUUUGUAA